GCCGGCGGCGGGAGAUCGUGAGGGCGGCCAUGGCGGCGGCCGGCGGCCACGAGCAGCAGCUGCUCGCACAGAGGCUGAAGGCCGCGGUUCACUACACGGUCGGGUGCCUGUGCCAGGAGGUGGAGGAGGACAAGGACGUGAGGUUCAGCAAACAGAGCAUCGCAGCCAUCUCGGAGAUCACCUUCCGGCAGUGCGAAAUCUUUGCAAAAGACCUCGAAAUGUUUGCAAGGCAUGCAAAACGAACCACAGUCACUCCAGAAGAUGUGAAGCUUUUGGCUAGAAGAAGCAAUUCUUUGCUAAAAUAUAUCACUCAGAAAAGUGAAGAGCUUGCAUCAAGUAACAUGGAGCAGAAAGAGAAGAAGAAAAAGAAGUCCAGUGCAGCUAAGGGAGAGAGAACUCCUGGGGAACAAGAAACAGCUGUGUCUGAAAAUGAAGAUUCCAACAUGGCAUGAUUUAUCUUUCGAGUAAUGUUUCAGGACAUUUUCUCUUACUAUCCUAGAGAAACCAGGCUUAGCUUAUUCAUCUUGCAGGUUAGCUCCAGUAAUGAAUCUUUAGGUUUUCAGGUGAAUGCAACUGGAUUUUUAUUGUUCCAAAAAUUAAGUCUGUCAGAAUUCAGUAAGCUUACAGCCAAAAUGCCUUAAUUGCUCACAAAACGUAUCUGUUAUUAAAAUUAAAAUACUUUAAAUAAAGAGUUUGAAAUAGACCAUUCUCACUG